UUCCAACAUAUUACGAAUCAAGAACUCACUCUUUCGUGUCGGAAGAAACAGUAAGAAGCAACAGAAAAGAAAAAAAACUCUACAGAUGGCGAUGAUGUCAGCAUCUUCGGUGUUUCUUUUGCCGGCCAACGUCACAGUGGCCGCUGGAUCUUCGUCGUCCAGAAACUCCGUGUCUUUCUUACCGAUGAGAAACGCCGGUUCUAGGCUCGUAGUCAGAGCAGCCGAUGAGGCGGCUCCAGAACCAGCUGCGCCAGAAGGUGCUCCGGCAGCUGUAGCGGCGCCAGCUGCAGCUCCUGCCGCGAAACCCAAGCCGCCUCCUAUUGGCCCUAAGAGAGGGACCAAGGUCAAGAUUCUAAGGAAAGAAUCCUACUGGUUCAAGAGCACUGGAUCGGUUGUGGCCGUUGAUCAGGACCCGAAGACCCGGUACCCUGUUGUGGUCAGGUUUGCGAAAGUGAACUACGCAAACAUAUCGACCAACAACUAUGCAUUGGACGAGAUUGAAGAAGUUAAAGCUUAAGAAUGAGAGAGACCUAAAAAGAAGUGUUGUGUAUUUGGUUUAAUCUUCAUACCGGUCUUAUCUGUUUGUAGCUUGACCAGAAUCGUUAUGUACCAAAAUAUUUUACCAUUAUUUCUCUCAACUUCUAAAAUUUUA